AUGCAACACAACAAACAGAUGGAUGGCAGCAGUUGCGGGGUUCUUCUGUUAAAGCAGACUUCUGUUGUCCGGCUGAACGUCGGGGGACAUCUCUUCAGCACCACACUGAGCGUGCUCAGGAAGCACCCCGGGUCCCGCCUGGCGGAGCUGUUCGGCGGCCAGCCCACGGCGCGCACCGACAACCAGGGGCGCCACUUCAUCGACCGGGACGGGUCGCACUUCGGAGCCGUGCUGGAGUUCCUGAGGUCGGAGGAGCUGCCCACGGAGAACAUCCGGGAGGUUCACAAGGAGGCGGUCUACUACGGCAUCAAACCGCUGGUCAAGCGUCUGGAGGAGACUCCCCAGAUGUUCGGGGAGCUGGUUGGGAGACAGCAGUUCCUCUGCAGAGUCCCACACUACAAAGAAAACAUCGAGGUGCUGAUCCGCAUCGCCAGGGCCGAGGCGGUGGCCGCGCGCAGCUCCAGAAUCCUCAUCUGCGUGCUGCGCACGGAGGAGGACCUGGGUUUCUAUGACAACGCCAUCAGCAGCCUGGAGGCGGACCGGGAGUCGGUGGUGACCUUCGGGCCGUGGAAGGCGGCUCCGUCGGUGGAAGACCUGCUGGACUGCGUGAGGAUGGACGUGGAGAGCCGGGGCUACCGGGUGAAGGUGGAGCGCCACGUCCCGGAGAGAAGCAUCCUGUUCAGGAGCUACAACUGCUUCUACAACCUCACCUUCACCUGGUGGUGACCGCAGGGCUGGCUGGGGGAAUAAACUGCAUAUACUCUUCCUAAAAAUAAGAGAAAACAACUCCAUAAAGAAGCUGAUGCAUCUUUUUUUA